AAGUUGUAUGGGGAAAAUAUUAGACAGCAUCACUGAUUGGCCAAGCAGCUGCUUUACAAGUGAGAUCCACUGUUGAGCGCUUACAUCCUCUUUAAAGAUUGUGAAUGGUUCACGCCUAGGAGGCUGCCUGACACAGAGAAGAUGCAGGCCCAGGAGCUCCUGAGACAGCUGCGGAUCCCAGAGUUGGAGGAUGUGCGCCAGUACAUGCACAGCCUGCCCACCAACAUGCUGAUGGGUGUGGGCGCCCUUGCCGCCCUCACCACCUACUGGUACGCCACGCGGCCCAAGGCCCUCAAGCCACCCUGCGACCUCAACAUGCAGUCAGUGGCCAUGGCGGGUGACGGUUACGUCAGGCGGUCUAUUCUGAAUAACGACGAUGAGCACAUGACACACUACUACAGUGACGCGCGGACCAUGUACGAAGUAUUCCUCCGAGGCCUGCGGGUGUCCAAUGAUGGGCCCUGUCUAGGAUCAAGAAAACCCAACCAGCCUUACGAGUGGCUGUCAUACCGAGAGGUUGCAGACAAAGCCGAGUGCAUUGGCUCGGCUCUCCUCCACAGGGGGCACUCCCAGACUGGAGACAAGCAUAUCGGCAUCUUUUCCCAGAACAGGCCAGAGUGGACCAUUUCAGAGCUGGCCUGUUACACAUACUCCCUGGUGUGUGUACCACUGUAUGACACGCUAGGCCUUGAGGCCAUUGAAUACAUCAUCAACCAAGCCGCCGUCUCUACGGUGAUCUGCGACUUGGCGGAGAAAGCGCGGCUCAUCCUGGACUGCGUGAGUGGCAAGGAGCACACAUUGAAGACCAUCGUGCUCAUGGAGGCCUUUGACGAGGAGCUGAUGGCCCGCGGGCAGCAGAGCAGCAUCGAGAUCCUUAGCCUGAAGGAUUUAGAGGAUGUUGGCAAGGCCCACCACCACCAGCCAUUGCCCCCAACACCAGAGGACCUGGCACUCAUCUGCUUCACUAGUGGAACCACAGGAAACCCGAAGGGUGGAAUGCUUACACAUGGCAAUGUUAUUGCCAAUUGUGCUGCUUUCAUCAAGAUAACAGAGGUGCACUGCAUGCUGAACCUCCACGACAUUCACAUGUCCUACCUACCUCUAGCACACAUGUUUGAGAGGGUAGUGGAGGGAGUGAUCCUGGUGCACGGUGCACGGAUUGGCUACUUCCAGGGGGACAUUCGGCUCCUGAUGGACGACCUGAAGACCCUGCAGCCAACAGUCUUCCCUGUCGUCCCCCGCCUGCUCAACCGCAUGUUUGACAAGAUCUUCGGACAGGCCAACACGCCACUGAAAAGAUGGCUGCUGGUUUUCGCCUCCAGGAGGAAGCAUGCGGAGAUGAUGAAUGGCAUAGUCAGGAAGGACAGCUUGUGGGACAAGCUCAUCUUCCAAAAAGUCCAGAACAGUCUUGGGGGUCGUGUGAGGCUGAUGAUCACAGGAGCGGCCCCAGUGUCUCCAACCGUCCUGACCUUCAUUCGGGCCGCUCUUGGCUGCCAGUUUUACGAAGGCUAUGGUCAGACUGAGUGCACAGCCGGGUGCACCAUGUCCAUGCCUGGGGAUUGGACAGCAGGUCAUGUGGGGGCUCCACUGCCCUGCAACUAUGUAAAGCUGGUGGACGUGACUGAGAUGAACUACUUUGCUGCCAAUGGGGAAGGAGAGGUGUGUGUGAAAGGACCAAACGUAUUCAAGGGCUACCUGAAUGACCCGGAGAAGACAAAGGAGGCCUUGGAUCAGGAUGGCUGGCUCCACACCGGAGACAUUGGGAAGUGGCUGCCUAAUGGUAUUCUGAAGAUCGUGGACAGGAAGAAGCACAUCUUCAAGCUGGCUCAAGGAGAGUACAUUGCCCCAGAGAAGGUCGAGAACAUCUACAUCCGGAGCGACCCGGUGGCCCAGAUCUUUGUCCAUGGCGAUAGCUUGCAGGCAUGCCUGGUGGGCAUUGUGGUGCCUGAUCCAGACUUCUUACCAGGAUGGGCAAAGAAGAAGGGCAUCGAGGGUUCUUAUUUGGAGAUGUGUGCAAGCAAGGAGAUGAAAAAUGCCAUUCUGGAGGACAUUCUGAGGCUGGGGAAAGAAGGGGGGCUGAAGUCUUUUGAGCAGGUGAGAGAUAUCUCGCUGCACACGGAGAUGUUCUCCGUCCAGAACGGCCUCCUGACGCCCACGCUAAAGGCCAAGAGGACAGACCUCCGCAGUCACUUCCGAGAGCAGAUUGACCUGCUCUAUGCCAAGAUCAAGAUGUGAAUCCCAGGUAGAGGGGAAAGGGAAGCAGAGGGUGACAAUCUGGAAACCAUAGCCUGCUCCCCUUGACUGUAAUGCUCAUCGGAGGUGACUGUUGUGGCCCUCUCUUGUCUACUGUGAUAGUGUCUUUGGUCCCCUUGUGCUGUAGAAGAGAUGGCGUGUGUGAGAGAGAGUGACUUAUGUUAAACCGCGAUUCAAACAAACGUAGGUAGACCCAUGCACUGUGAUUAGACUUUUUUUAAAGGUGAUUUCACAGAGAUCACGUUUGCCAUAAACGCAGCGCAUGUCAGCGCAAUCACUUUUAGGAGUAGAUUGCAGUGCACAGGUUUAUCUACAUUUGUUUAUAUUUAGGCCAUAGUGAAAGGGGGAAGAGGUUCAUGCCUUAUUGUCCAUGUGACUCUGUCAACCAUUCCUGUGAGCCAUUUCAAGUGCCGAUCGAGUCGCCUGUUAGGAAUUUCUCGACUAUCUCAGUCUGUCAUCCCUCAAUUGUCAGUUUCAAUUAACCCGUUUUUUACUAAUCUCUAAGUUCUGACAUAUAUUUUAGUUUUAUUCUCUUUUGUUUGUGUAUCUGCUUUUUUAUGUUUCAAGACUACAUCCAUGCAGACAUUUCAGUUGUUGAAAGACUGAGACAAAUCACCAUACGCAACAUAUUAGUACGGUCUUGUUCAACUUGAGAAAUACAGUAGCUAUUUAUAGCAGCCUAAUGUUUGUUUCUUUUAAUUUAAGUUGAUAUUUAAUAUCAUUGAAUGUUACUGUAAAUAGUGUAUCUGUAGAAAAGUCACGAGAGGACUUCAAUGGGUCACGGCUCCUACAGUAGAAGUGCAUGUUUUCUUUCUUUAUUUUUUCUUCAUUCCCUUGUUUUUCAACGUUGUACUGUCAGAAGGCCUUGUCUAAACCUUUCUGAACCUUCCGUAACUAUUUUAGCACAAGACAAGUAGGAAGAUGUCCAUUCAGAAAGGUGUUAGGAUCUUGUGAAUGGCCGCAAAGGAAAUAAGCCUCCCACACAGCAGGGAUAAAAGACUGCAUGUGCAAUACCAGAACAAAAACACACAACCUAAAGUGCCACCAAUGUCUCUGCUCUCACACAGAAACAUUUAUUCCGUAAGUGUCCUUUGAAAACUACAGUGGCCUCAAUGUGCCAAAAUGCACACGCUGGGACCUGUUCUAUCCAUAGAAAACAGUCCUCUCGGCCAAGUGAUACCUGGGUCAUAUUCAGCAGGCAUCAAUCAGGAGCCUAGCAGCCCAAUUCUCUCACUGAAAUGUGCACUUGUCCCCCCCCAUGGAUGUAAAAUGGCGCAAGGUCUUUCCAGAUAGCCCAUGCUUACACAAAUCCAAUGCUUCAAUCGGAGGUGGUGGAACUGACUUUUGUCCAUUUGAAAUGCACACUCACCGUCCGUUUUGAAGAUGUUUUCUCCCAUUUGAUGCCUAAUGAAAGACCCUGGAGAAUGAUCAGGUUAAGCUGGCCAGUAUCAAGCCAUGGCUCGCUUGCCCCUUGAGUUUGUUUUUUUGGGACAAAAAUAGUGACUUAUUUGUUAGGCCUAACCAUCAUUUACCUCUAUAAGGAACCACACUAUAGACAUUUCAGUCUCCUUUGAGAUCUAACAAAGAACAAAAGGGUCCUUUAUGAAUUCAGGUUAUUUAACAAUGAAUUAAGUGCUCAUGAUGCACAUUGACCUGUUUGUUAACAUUGUUCUGUACAUGAUUGUGUUAACAUUGUUCUGUACAUGAUUGGGUUUAUCUGCUUGAUCAUGUUUCAAGACACCAUCACAGACGGCCAAUACUAGGAACUUGAGCUCUCCUUAAAUCGACAGAGUUCGGUUUCGAUGUUUUUUUGUACAGGAGUAAAAUUCAUACCUUUUCAUUUACUCCACUGUACCAAAUAAACCUGUUUGUCCUACUGUA